ACAGAGGAGUCGCAAGCACCAAAUGAUUUAACGAAGCAUUUGAAGGCCAAAAUAUUGGCUACAGGUCCUAUUACAGUUGCCGAAUAUAUGCGUGAAGUUCUCACCAAUCCACUUAGCGGUUACUAUAUGCACCGUGAUGUGUUUGGGCGCGAAGGAGACUUUAUAACAUCACCGGAAAUUUGCCAAAUUUUCGGCGAGUUGGUGGCAAUUUGGGUUGUAAGCGAGUGGCGUAAAUUGGGUAGCCCAUUACCUUUUCAAAUUGUUGAACUAGGACCCGGACGUGGCACAUUGGCCCGCGAUGUACUUAAGGUGUUAACCAAAUUCAAAUUCGGUGGACAAUUUUCCAUGCAUAUGGUGGAAAUUAGUCCACAUUUAAGUAAAGUACAAGGACAGCGUUUAUGCUUUAGCACCGAGACGGUGACGGACGAAAGUUCUCCCCACUAUCAGACUGGUAAGACAGCGACUGGUACACACGUAUACUGGCAUAAGCGACUAGAAGAUGUGCCACGCGCCUUCUCAAUAGUGCUAGCACACGAAUUCUUCGAUGCUUUGCCUGUACAUAAGUUACAACGUGAUGGAAAACUAUGGAAAGAAGUCUUAAUUGAUGUAAACAGCAGAGAUAGCGUUGACAGCGAUAACCAACCGGAUUUUCGAUACGUAAUUUCGAAAGCCCAGACUCCAGUGUCGCAUCUGUAUCAGCCUAUUACAAAUGAGGCGCGUGAUUGUCUCGAAUACUCAUUAGAUACAGAUCGCAUAAUUAGUAUGAUGGCGGAACGAUUUGAAAUCGACGGUGGCAUUGGUUUGAUUAUGGAUUACGGCCAUUUCGGCGAAAAGGGUGAUACAUUUAGAGCUUUCAAAAAACAUAAACUGCACGAACCGCUUCUGGCGCCGGGCACAGCAGACCUCACAGCGGAUGUUGAUUUUAGACAAAUCAAGCGCAUCGCCGAGGAACAUGGCAAAGUGAUUUGUUUUGGCCCGGUAGAGCAGGGCACUUUUUUAAAGAAAAUGGAGGGAGAUACUCGAUUAGAGCAACUACUUGCAUUUGCUUUACCCGAAAAUCAUGACAUCAUUAGAAGCGGCUAUAAAAUGCUAACAGAUCCUACACAAAUGGGAAAACGAUUCAAAUUUUUUUCAAUAUUUCCAGCCGUUGUGAGAAAGCAUCUCGAAAAAUUUCCAGUCAGUGGAUUUCAAUAAUACGCAUCUAAUUUAUAAUUUCUUCAUUUUAUUGUUAUCAAAUAGGUACAUAUUGAUUUUAAAUUGUUGAUAUUGUUAAAAAUGUUUAUUCUGUUAAGGAAAUUAAAUAGUUCUGUCGAUUAAUUAGUUGUUGGCAUAUAUUAACAUAUUUCA